CUAAAGAGAAGCCCUACCAUUACAUCACUUCUUGCGAACGCGAUUGGCUGAAGAUUAAGGCGCUCGCAAGCCAGCACCUCUUUGCCAGAUCGUUUUGAAGAUGGCAGAAAGCGAGGUGGAUACACCGAGCACCCCGAUAGAGUACGAAAGCAAAUAUUUCGAGCAUCAUGGGGUUCGUCUCCCUCCUUUCUGUAGAGGGAAGAUGGAUGAGAUCGCCAACUUCUCCCUCAGAAGUAGCGACAUAUGGAUCGUUACUUACCCUAAAUCAGGCACAAGUUUGUUGCAGGAGGUAGUGUAUCUUGUAAGCCAGGGGGCGGACCCAGAUGAGAUUGGACUCAUGAAUAUUGAUGAGCAGCUUCCAGUGUUGGAGUAUCCUCAACCUGGUUUAGAUAUUAUACAGGAGCUGACAUCACCUCGCCUGAUCAAAAGUCACCUGCCGUACCGCUUUCUCCCCACAGCCAUGCAUAAUGGAGAGGGCAAGGUGAUCUACAUGGCCAGGAAUCCUAAAGACCUGGUUGUGUCCUACUACCAGUUCCACCGCUCCUUAAGAACCAUGAGCUACCGCGGAACCUUCCAGGAGUUCUGCCGGCGCUUUAUGAACGAAAAGUUAGGAUACGGCUCCUGGUUUGAGCAUGUGCAGGAGUUCUGGGAGCACCGCAUGGAUUCAAAUGUCCUGUUUCUCAAAUAUGAGGACAUGUAUAAGGACCUGGGCACCCUGGUGGAGCAGCUAGCACGGUUUCUUGGAGUCUCGUGUGAUAAGGCCCAGCUGGAGAGCUUGGUGGAGAGCUGCAACCAGCUGAUUGAGCAAUGCUGCAACUCAGAAGCCCUGUCCAUCUGCAGGGGUCGUGUGGGUCUGUGGAAGGACAUCUUCACUGUGUCCAUGAAUGACAAGUUUGACGCCGUGUACCGACAGAAGAUGGGCAAGUCUGACCUGACCUUUGACUUUAGCCUGUGAAAGAGCCAAACGGCCACUGGACUCUGCUAAUCACCUGACCGACCAAUCAGACCACCCGCUCUGCUCGACACAAUCUGCCUCAGCUGGACCAGCCCCACCCCUUUGAUCCUCUCCGUUACAUUUGAGCUUUCCAUUUCUCUCAUUGCGUCUCUAGCUUGACUUUGCUUAUGUGUGUUGUGAGAAGUUGCCCUUAGGCAGAGGUCUCGUAUCAGCACAGGUAAUGUGGGAAAAAAAUUCCUGACUGAAAUGUGUAAGGGGCGUUUUUGGGCCUGGGGGCUUCAUCUUGUGUGUUUGCAGUUUGUUCUUAUAUAAAACCCAUCGCCAGUGCUUUAGCCUAGUGACAAGUGUGAGUAGUGUUUGGUGCAUCGCACACUGUAUAGAGCUUUUCCUACAAUAUACAGUACAUUCAUGCAAUGUGUAUGUAUUGAAUAUGGGGAAUAAAUUAUUUAAAUUCUAUACACCAAAACCUCAUUACAAAGAUUGAGAGGAAUUCCAGGAUGUUUUCUGUUUAGUGUUUGGGUUUCUCAGGAUUCGUAAAAUGUUUGGUUUGUUGAUAAAUGUAUGUAUACACAGCCAUCCAGUCACAGAACGUGACUGUGCUAAAAGAUGACUGGUUUUAGAGAUCUGAAGUUAAAGAUUCGAAUGUUUGUAUGUGACAUCUGUUGCCCUUGGUUCCACGGGACAUUCUCAGUGCCGCCUGAGAGUUGAUUCUAUUACAUAUUCUUUCAGGCUGCUGUAGUAUUGUGUAUUUCCAAUUCAGUUUGUGUACUCGUGCAUGGGUACUUAGCU